AUGUCUGAAUCUGAAUCUCAUUCUGGGUCUGCUCCCAAUUCUGCUCCACUUCCCUCUAUUUCAGUGAGUUCAAACCCUUCAGCAGAGAAAAGCAGGACCCCUCAAGAAGCUGAAUCUAUGGCUAACCAAAAGGCCUCCACAGUUGCCGUAAAUAAUGAUUCUUCUGUCGCACCUCCGGCUUCCAAAGAUACUACCUCCGGCCCAAAGAAAAAGGUUUUAAGAAGAAAGAUUAAGGGUCCUAACCCAUUGAAGAAGAAGAUCUGGCUAGCUGGUCAUGCCUCAGUUAUUGCAUUUGGAAUAUUGUACUGCGUUCUUCUGUUCCUUCGUAUCAACAAGUGGUACAUUCGUUUCAUUUGUUAUCGUUUGUCUAAUGUUGGUUCAGUCUUUGCAUUGGGUGCUGCCAUUUCACAUAAAUAUGGUCUUAGAUACUUACCUCCAACACCAACUUUAUUUGCUCAACAGGAUUUCCAAUAUUUGAUUAUUGCUGCUGUUAACAUUAUCUCAUUCCGCUCGAUGUUCAAAUUGCUUCCAUUUGUUUUAAUUUCCUUGUUACACAUAGGGGACGAAUUUAAGGUUACUGCCAUCACAGGUCAAAGUACAUUUUUGGCAUCAUUAAUCGCCUAUGAUGAAUUGUUUUUGAUUAUCUAUUUAGUCUUGAGAACAUUGCUUUUCAGAAGCUCUCUGGGUUUCCAAUUAGUUGUCUAUCUUUGUUUCUACUGGUUGAGAAUCUUGUAUAACAAUGACACUGCAAAAUUGUUCUCCACUCUUAUGGAAAAUAUGGAUAUCAAUGUCAGUACCAUCAAGAACGAGAAGAUCCAGAAGUUUUGGGCUAAGGCUAAGAAGCACAUCGACGAUAGGGCUCACAAAAACUAA